AUGCCUGGUCCUUCGGGGAUCCAAGUGCCUCAACAUGUCAUUUAUGGAGGGGAUGGCGAUCGAGUAGAUGUGAAUGUCCAGGCGGACAACGUUACUGAUGAGAUUUUGAAUCAGGACGGUGGUCUCAACGCAAUCUUUGACGAGCAUGAAAUCGCACCUGAAGUCCUGGCCAGACAACGAGAAAAGCUGAACGGGGAAGAUUUUCGUAUCGAAAUCAAGAAGACAACGGCCCGUGGACUUAGAAUGAGUCAGGUGACGGCUACUGUUGAUGUUGAUCCGACAACCGUACAUGAUCUCUUCCUUCCUAUCAUGGAGGAGGCUAUGGAAAGGCUGUUCGAGGCCAUCGGUAGAGAUGAGGGCUUGUUCUCUGCGAUGCUGAAGUGCCACACACUCGACGUUGACGAGCAGCAG